UAUCCGCGAUCUCGUGUGUUUGUCAUUUGUCCUCACACUUCAGCUCCUGUCAGCUAUAUAUCUUCAAACUGAACCCCUCAUUGCAAUCAUCUCUCACUGAAUUUUUUGUUCUAAACUUACAAUUUUGCAUUAAUAUUUCGAAACUGAAUAUAAUUUCUUAUUUGCAAAAAAAAUUAUUGUUCCAAGAUCAAAUCCGAGGUUUCGGAGGUUAGAUUUCAGAGGUUUGAAGUUAUUGAACUGAAGUGAACACGACAUCCAUUGUGGUGGAAUGACUUCAAGUAUAUAAAUUCCUAUGCAUUGAGGAUGAAGGGAGGUUUAAAGGUGCCAAGGAUCUCUCUCAUCCUUAUUGGAUUGGUCUGUGCCACUGUUAUUAUUUUGGCAUACGUGAAAAGCCCUUUUCUCUCUUAUUGGACACCAUCUCAGGAUCAUGUCUUCCAGAUUUCUCCAGAUUAUAAAGUGAAAGAUGAAGAAGUUUUAACAGAAAGAAAUAGAUCAGGGCAAUCAGAAGAAAACACGAACUUUGUAUCUGCCAUUUCAAACUCUUCUACAAAGGAUAAGGUGACUGAAGAACUGAUUACUAAUACUGAGAUAGAAGGAAGUGCAGGUAUUCCCCCUAGCUUUACCCAAAAAGGAGAAGAUUUAAAAGCUUUGGAAGAAAAAAAUAGUUCAAGAGAACAGGAAAAUGAAGUUGCUGCUCCAGUGAAUUCUGCAGGUGGCCCUAUAGAACAUCUGACGUCUGCCUCAAAAGAUCAUGGUUGUAAUUCUGCUAAAGGUAGAUGGGUCACAGAUGAUAGUCGGCCUUUAUAUUCUGGAUUUGGCUGCAAGCGAUGGUUGUCAGGCAUGUGGGCUUGCCGAUUGACACAGCGUACGGAUUUUGGAUACGAGAAACUACGUUGGAGACCAAGGGAUUGCGAGAUGGAAGAGUUUACAGGUGUUAAAUUCCUUAAAAGGAUGGAGAACAAAACUCUGGCCUUUAUUGGGGAUUCGCUUGGCAGACAACAAUUCCAGUCGCUUAUGUGUAUGAUUACUGGUGGUAAAGACAGACCUGACGUUCUCGACGUGGGACGUGAAUAUGGUCUUGUAAAGGCUCGUCAUGCUGUACGACCUGACGGAUGGGCUUAUCGGUUUCCGAGUACCCAAACAACUAUUCUCUACUAUUGGUCUGCUAGUCUGUGUAACUUGAGACCCAUUAAUGCUUCUAAGCGUGCUACUGAUUACGCCAUGCACCUGGAUCGCCCGCCAGCAUUUUUGAGUCGUUACCUACCCAGAUUUGAUGUCCUUGUGCUAAAUACAGGACACCAUUGGAAUAGAGGAAAACUUAACGCCAACCGGUGGGUCAUGUAUGUAGGUGGUGUUCCUAAUACGAACAGGAAAAUUGCAGAUAUUGCUGGUGCCAAGAAUUUUACAAUGCACAGCAUCAUUAAAUGGGUAGAUUCACAGCUGCCAAAAUACCCUGGUCUUAAAGCAUUUUAUCGGUCUAUAUCGCCUAGGCAUUUCUUUAAUGGAGAUUGGAACAGUGGAGGCACGUGCGAUAACACCACUCCACUUUCUGGUGGAAAGGAGGUUGUACAAGAUGAAUCCAGUGAUGCAGGUGCAGCACGGGCAGUAAAAGGAACAGGUGUCAAGCUUUUGGACAUCACAGCUUUGUCUCAGCUGAGAGACGAGGGUCAUAUAUCUCGAUACAGCAUCAAAUCAACACCCGGAGUGCAGGAUUGUUUGCAUUGGUGCUUGCCUGGUGUUCCAGAUACAUGGAAUGAAAUUCUUUUUGCUCAACUUUAAUAUUUCAAGACCGGCAAGGGACACUGCUUCAACAUUGUUCUCAUCCCAUAUGAGCAAUCAGGGUCGCCAAUUGAUGCAAAAUAUUAGACAUGAAUUGGACAAUGUCUGGAAGAUUUUGCCUAUACUUGGAUUCAGCUUUUGACUCAUGGGGAAUGCUGAACACGCAGUUGCUUGUGCUUAUCGACCAUAUUUUAGGAGUAGAUGACUUAAUACAUUAUUCUUAGAAUUUGUAGAUGGGCAAUAUAUGCUGUUGUUCUGCCAUUUGUUCGAGACUAGAUUCUUUGAGGGGUUAGGGUACAGAAGAGGCUUGACCCUUGAAAUGUACGGUGAAUUCAAUAUGAGUUUGUAAGACGUGAGUGUGUACCUGGAAAUGAAAACACUACACAAGGUGAUUUUUCUAGUGAUCAAAUGAUGCUUAAAUAUUUACACUUGCUUAUGGCCUAAUAUUAAGAUCAAUAA